CUCGCUGCGGCGGCCACUGGGCUGCGUCCCCGCGUCCCGGGAGCCGGCGCGGCGCGGCGCAGUGCGGUCCACCACAGAGAGCCCAGCCGUCCGCUGCCCCGCAGGAAGAUGUGUGGAUGGGGGGUGUCCGUGGGCACAGCCCUGGGAAUACUGAGCUUCUUCUUGACAGGAGCCGUGGAGGUCCAGGUCCCCGAAGAGCCCGUGGUGGCCCUGGUGGGCACCGACGCCACCCUGCGCUGUUCGUUCGCCCCGGAGCCCGGCUUCAGCCUGGCCCAGCUCAGCCUCAUCUGGCAGCUGACCGACACCAAGCAGCUGGUGCACAGCUUCGCCGAGGGCCGGGACCAGGGCAGCGCGUACGCCAACCGCACGGCGCUCUUCCCGGACCUGCUGGCGCGCGGCAACGCCUCCCUGCGGCUGCGGCGCGUGCGCGUGGCGGACGAGGGCAGCUUCACCUGCUUCGUCAGCAUCCGGGACUUCGGCAGCGCCGCCGUCAGCCUGCAGGUGGCCGCCCCCUACUCCAAGCCCAGCAUGACCCUGGAGCCCAGCAAGGACCUGCGGCCCGGGGACACGGUGACCAUCACCUGCGCCAGCCGCCGGGGCUACCCCGAGGCCGAGGUGGUGUGGCAGGACGGGCGGGGGGCGCCCCUGGCCGGCAACGUGACCACCUCGCAGAUGGCCGACGAGCAGGGCCUGUUCGACGUGCGCAGCGUGCUGCGGGUGGCGCUGGGCCCCGACGGCGCCUACAGCUGCCGCGUGCGGAACCCGGUGCUGCGGCAGGACGCGCACGGCUCCGUCACCGUCGCGGGGCAGCCCAUGGCCUUCCCCCCCGAGGCUCUGUGGGUGACCGUGGGGCUGUCCGUCUGUCUGGUGGCACUGCUGGUGGCGCUGGCCUUUGUGUGCUGGAGGAAGAUCAAGCAGAGGUGUGAGGAGGAGGGCACAGGAGCGGAGGACCAGGAUGCGGACGGAGAAGGAUCCAAGACAGCCCUGCGGCCUCUGAAGCACAAGGAAAGCAAAGAAGACGAUGGCCCGGAAAUCGCUUGACCUGGGAGCCGCCGGCCCUUCCCCGGGGGGGCUCCUACCUGCUGGCUGCAUUGGGGGGGGUCCCAGUGUGACACUCUCCCUGCCCCCCCCAACAGAAGGGCUCCGCGCUGGCUGCUCUGGCCCGUCUCGGAAGACGGCGGGACGCGGGCCACCGCAGCCCGACCUCCGCGAGGGACGCCGUGCCCGGAGUCCCCCCCACUGCCUUAUUCUCCAGGGAUGGUACAGGAACCCGCCGCUGCCUUAUCUCCUACAGACGCUAUGCGCAGCCCGCCCCGCCCCCCCAUCUCCUUGUCCCCCACAAGCCGCCGGACCCCCAGACCCACCGCGGAGACGAACCCUCCGCCUCCGUGUCACAAAGAGGCUGCGCAGACUCGGCGCCUCGCGUCUUCUGUGCCCUGCCCCCCCCCCGUCCUGG